AUGCGGUUUGCCUGGAGGAUACCUCACAACACCAUCUAUGUCAUCGUGCGAGAAGUGUGCAGAGCAAUUAUAGACGAGUAUGUGGACGAGGUCAUGCCUUUGCCAACAACAGCUGCUGACUGGAAAACGCAUUUCAGAUGGCUUUUGGAAAAAAUGGGAACUUUCCUCACACUUUGGGUGCGUUGGAUGGCAAGCAUAUUUGCCUGUAAGUGUCCAACUAGUUCGGGUCCACAUAUUUCAACUAUAAGAAGUACUACUCCAUUUGUCUUGCUGGCCCUCGUUGACUACGACUACAAGUUCAUUUGGGCCGUCCCCUGGCCUUACCCUUCCCAGCAUUGGUAG